AUGAGAGAAAUUAUACAACUAUAAAUAGGAUAAUGUGGAAAUCAAAUAGGAACUAAGUUUUGGGAGGAAAUAGCUUAAGAACAUAAUAUCGAUGAGAAUGGAUAAUUAAUUGAAUAAGAACAUGAGAUUCAAUAAUAUUUAGAUGUUUAUUUUAAUGAAGUAAAUGGAAACAGAUACAUUCCAAGAAAUGUUUUAAUAGAUUUAGAACCAGGAACAUUGGAUAGUAUUAGAGCAAGCAGAUAUGGAAAAUUAUUUAGACCUGACAAUUUUAUUUUUAGUUAAGGUGGAGCAGGUAAUAAUUUUGCAAUUGGACAUUAUACUAAUGGAACUGAAAUAUUGAAUGAAGUUUUGGAUGUAAUAAGACAUCAAGUUGAAAAUUCAGAUUGUUUAUAAGGAUUUUAGAUGACUCAUUCUUUAGGAGGUGGAACUGGAUCAGGUUUUGGUACUUUAUUAUUGUCAAAAUUGUAAGAGGAUUAUUGUGAUAGAAUAUUUUAAGCAUAUUCUGUAUUUCCUUCAAUAAAAGUAAGUGAUGCAGUAGUAGAAUAUUAUAAUACUGCUGUUGCUGUAAAUCAUUUAAUUGAAAACUGUUAAUAGUGUAUGUCAAUUGAUAAUGAAGCUCUGUACAACAUUUGUACAAAUACUUUAAAACUUAAGAAUACAUGUUAUGGAGAUUUAAAUCAUAUAAUUUCAGCUUCAAUGUCAGGAACAACUUGUUCACUUAGAUUUCCAGGAUAAUUAAAUAGUAGUUUAAGAAAAUUAAGUGUGAAUUUGGUACCAUUCCCAAGAUUACAUUUCUUCACAACUUCAUUUGCCCCUUUAACUUCUAGACAAAGUUUAUAAUAUAGAUCAUUAAAAAUAUCAGAAGUCAGUGAUUAAAUGUUUGAUCCUUAAAAUUAAAUGUGUGCAAUCAACUGCAAAUAAGGAAGAUAUUUAAGUGGAGCUUGUAUAUAUAGAGGAUAAUUUUCAAGUUCAGAAGUUGAAAAAUAAAUGAUUCAAUUUUAGAAAAAGAAUCCUUAAAAUUAAGUUUAAUGGUUACCAAAUAAUAUGAAGGUUUCAUAAUGUAAUGUAUCUUAGAAGGGAAUAGUUAAUUCAGGAACAUUUAUUGGAAAUACAACUGCUAUUAAUGAAAUGUUUAGAAGAAUCCAUAACAAUUUUUAGGCUAUGUUCAAAAGAAAAGCAUUUCUUCAUUGGUAUACAAAUGAAGGAAUGGAUGAAUUGGAAUUCACUGAAGCUGGUGCAAAUAUAGAAGAUCUUAUCUCAGAAUAUUUAUAAUAUUCAGAAGGUAAUGAUGAUGAUGAUGAGGAAUAAUAAGUAUGA